ACUUCAACACUCCUUCCUCUCUCGCCCCUCCUCACCCCCACCCCUCUAAGGAAGCAGGACGCCCGUUUUCUUCUCUCCCAGUCUCCAACGAAAACAACGGCGAAGAGCGAAAAGAGAAAAGCGAAAGAGACUUCUCCGCCCGCCAACGGAAAACCUCCGCCUCUCUCGCCGCCAUUUCCUACGUUGCGGGCGGCAAUUGGUACGGGACCCCGUCGGCGGUGACCGGACCGCCCCCAAAGAAAACCUCUCGCCUUCCCCCCCUCCUGCUCGACGAUUCGGAUUCUUGAGGAUCGGAGGCUUGACCCAGCUGAAGAGAGGGUUCAAUUCGAGAUCUUUGGCGAGAUCUUGUGGGUAUUCUUCUCUAAUUGGGCUAGCAUUGUUGGAAAGAAGGGGAGAUCUUAUGCGUUUCUUGCGUUCUAGGUCGUUGCAGCCGAUCUAUUUGACUGAAGUUGGGACUUUUCUGGUCUGAUCCGCGAGCUGCCUCCUCCGUUGGGCGUAGGAGGAGGAGAGGAGAAAGAAUUUUUGAACGGCGUGGUUUCUAGAGUGAGCUCUAGUGUGUAGAAUUCGCCCAAAGAGGCAACUUGGGGAGGUGACAGCCAGUACUCAUGCUGAAGUCUCGCUCACCAGAGCCUCAAGCACCCGCUUCUCCUACAUCUUCUACAUCAUCAUCUGAAUCUCGAGAAUCUAAUGGAGGAGAAGCGAUGGAUGACUCUGAAUGCACCAUGGACAUGGUGGCUCGCUUCUUGGAGCAGCUUCAUGCAAACAUGUCUUCUCCAUCCGAGAAAGAGCUGAUAACUGCACGGCUGCUUGCAAUUGCCAGAUCGCGAAAGGAGGCGAGGACUUUGAUAGGUACCCAUUCCCAGGCCAUGCCACUUUUCAUCUCCAUUCUUAGAAGUGGAACACCGACUGCAAAAGUGAAUGUGGCUGCAACCCUCAGUGCUCUCUGCAAGGAAGAAGAUCUACGAGUUAAGGUCCUUCUGGGAGGUUGCAUACCACCAUUACUCUCUCUUCUGAAGUCCAAAUCUUCUGGGUCGAAGAAGGCUGCGGCUGAAGCCAUCUUCGAAGUUUCCUCUGGUGGGCUUUCCGAUGAUCACAUUGGCAUGAAAAUAUUUGUUACUGAGGGUGUAGUGCCAACCCUUUGGGACCUGCUCAACCCUAAGAUUAAGCAAGACAGGGUGGUUGAGGGUUUUGUGACUGGGGCCCUGAGGAAUCUUUGUGGUGACAAGGAUGGGUAUUGGAGGGCCACGCUUGAGGCUGGGGGGGUGGAGAUUAUCACAGGCCUUCUUUCAUCAGACAACACCACUGCCCAAUCAAAUGCCGCUUCCCUUUUGGCCCGGUUGAUCUCAGCCUUUGUUGAUAGUGUUCCUAAAGUCAUAGAUGCUGGAGCUGUUAAAGUGCUCCUCCACCUUCUAAGUCGGGAUAAUGAUAUUUCUGUCCGAGCUAGUGCUGCUGAUGCUUUAGAGGCCCUUUCAUCCAAGUCCACCAUGGCUAAGAAAGCUGUGGUGGAUGCUGGUGGCCUUCCAUUUCUCAUUGGUGCAGUGGUAGCUCCUUCCAAGGAGUGCAUGCAAGGAGAGUCUGGUCAUGCUCUACAGGGACAUGCGGUUCAUGCUUUGGCAAAUAUUUGUGGUGGUAUGUCUUCUCUAAUACUUUACCUUGGAGAACUCUCCCAAGCUCCUCGCUUGGCUGCUCCAGUUGCUGAUAUAAUUGGAGCACUAGCAUAUUCCCUGAUGGUUUUUGAGGGCAAUGAAGAAAAGAUAUUUGACCCAGCUCUGAUCGAAGAUAUCUUAAUAACAAUACUAAAGCCUCGUGACAAUAAAUUGGUCCAGGACCGCAUUCUUGAGGCUCUUGCCAGCCUCUGUGGCAAUGCUUGUUUCUCCAAUUUGCUUGAUCAUUCCGAUGCAAAGAAGGUACUCAUUGGGUUGAUAACUAUGGCUUCUGCUGAUGCUCAGGAACAUCUUAUCCUUUCCUUAACGAGCUUAUGCUGUGGUGGUAUUGGACUAUGGGAAGCUCUUGGGAAGAGAGAGGGCAUUCAGUUGCUGAUAUCAUUUCUUGGGCUUUCUAGUGAGCAGCAUCAGGAGUACGCAGUUGCUUUGCUGGGAAUUUUGACAGACCAAGUAGAAGACAGCAAGUGGGCUAUUACAGCUGCUGGGGGCAUCCCUCCAUUGGUGCAGUUAUUGGAAACAGGGUCACAAAAAGCAAGGGAACAUGCAGCUCACGUGCUAUGGAACUUGUGCUGUCACAGCGAUGACAUUCGUGCAUGUGUCGAGAGUGCUGGGGCUGUCCCAGCGCUAUUAUGGCUUCUGAAGAGUGGUGGCCCAAAAGGGCAAGAAGCUUCAUCUAAGGCACUCAGGAAGCUAAUACAUUAUGCCGAUUCUGCUACCAUCAAUCAGUUGUUGGCCUUGCUCCUAAGUGACUCUCUCAGUUCUAAGUCCCAUGCUAUUACAGUCCUGGGUCAUGUGCUAACUAUGGCUUCCCAUAAAGACUUGGUGCAGAAGGGUGCUCCAGCUAAUAAAGGACUUAAGUCUCUUGUCCAAGUUCUCAACUCAUCAAAUGAAGAAACUCAAGAGUGUGCCGCUUCUGUUCUAGCCGAUCUAUUUAGUACCCGACCGGAUAUCUGUGACAGUCUUGCUACUGAUGAGAUUGUCCAUCCAUGUAUGAAGCUCUUGACCAGCAAAACUCAAGUUGUUGCAACACAAUCAGCUCGGGCUUUGGGUGCAUUGUCCCGUCCAACUAAGGCUAAAACUACAAAUAGGAUGUCUUACAUAGCAGAGGGUGAUGUUAAGCCUCUUAUUAAGAUGGCAAAAACAUCACCGAUUGAUGCUGCUGAAACUGCAAUAGCUGCUUUGGCAAAUCUUCUCUCAGACCCGCAGAUUGCUGGAGAAGCUCUAGAAGAAGAUGUUAUCUCAGCACUGACAAGAGUGCUAGGAGAAGGUACAUUGGAAGGCAAGAAAAAUGCUUCACGCGCUCUUUAUCAGUUACUGAACCACUUCCCAGUUGGUGAUGUGCUUACUGAAAACUCUCAAUAUCGUUUUUUAGUUUGUGCACUUGCUGAUUCCUUAGCUGCUAUGGACAUGGAAGGCAUUAAUUCCUCAGAUUCACUGGAUGCACUGUCUUUGCUGGCUAGCACAAAGGAUAAUGUGAACUUCACCUAUCCCCCUUGGGCUGCCCUUGCUGAAGUUCCAGCAAGUUUGGAGCCUUUGGUUCAAUGCCUGGCUGUUGGGCUUCCUCCUGUGCAAGAUAAGGAAAUUGAAAUCCUCUCAAGGCUCUGCAGGGACCAACCUGUUGUACUUGCUGAUCUCUUAGUAGGAAGGCCAGGGUGCAUAGCCUCCCUUGCUGAUAGAGUUAUGAAGUCGUCUAGUAUGGAAGUGAGAAUUGGCGGGGCAGCACUUCUGAUAUGUGCUAUGAAGGAGUACAGGCAACAGUCAUUAGAUGCGCUUGAAGAAUCAGGACUUUUAGAUAAGCUCAUCUAUGUGCUAGUCGAUAUGUUGAAAUAUCACUCCAAUUUCAUCUCCCUAGAAAUUGAAGUCCGAACAACUAGAAGUUAUAUGGAAAGAAAUGUAUUUCAUCAUGACGGGGAUGAAUUUGAGGUUCCUGAUCCAGCAACUAUAUUGGGAGGAACGGUUGCUUUGUGGUUGCUUGCAAUUAUUUCUUCUUCCCAUGCUAAGAGUAAACUUACUCUCAUGGAGGCUGGUGGUAUUGAGGUUCUCUCAGAUAAGCUUGCAAGUUACACUGCUAAUCCACAGGCAGAGUACAUAGAUACAGAGGGCAUAUGGACCAGUGCCCUUCUCUUGGCUAUUUUGUUCCAGGAUGAAAUGGUGGUUCAAUCUUCAGCCACCAUGCGGGUAAUUCCAUCUCUUGCUUUCUUGCUGAAGUCUGAUGAAGUUGCUGACAAAUACUUUGCUGCUCAAGCCAUGGCUAGUCUUGUUUGUACUGAAAGUAAAGGGAUACGGCUUGCUAUUGCAAAUUCUGGUGCUGUUGGAGGUGCAAUAACUUUGAUUGGACAUGUAGAAUCUGAUAUGCCAAACCUUGUUGCUUUGUCUAAAGAAUUUGAUUUGGAGAAUAACCCCGGUCAAGUUGUUUUGAAGCAUCUCUUCGAGAUAGAAGAUGUGAGAAACGGUGCAGCUGCACGCAAGUCCAUACCCUUAUUAGUUGACCUUUUGAGACCAAUGCCAGAUAGACCAGGUGCACCUCCAAUUGCUGUUCACCUUCUGACUCAAAUAGCAGAAGGAAAUGAGGCAAACAAACUGGCGAUGGCUGAAGCUGGGGCCCUGGAAGCUUUAACUAAAUAUCUCUCUUUGAGUCCUCAAGACUCAACUGAAACUACUAUAACUGAUCUUUUGGCAAUCUUGUACAGCAACUCUGACCUUCUUCACCAUGAAGCUUCAUUAAGCACUUUGAAUCAGCUCAUAGCUGUUCUAUGUUUGGGCUCAAGAAAUGCUAGAUUUAGUGCUGCGAGGACUUUGCAGGAACUUUUUGACGCAGAAAAUAUCAGAGAUACUGAAAUGGCCAGGCAAGCUAUUCAACCACUAGUUGACAUGCUUGAUGCUGGAUCUGAGAGGGAGCAACAGGCUGCACUCGUUGCAUUGAUCAAACUGACUGCUGGAAAUGUUUCCAAGGCAUCAGCAUUGACUGAUGCUGAUAGUAAUCCACUCGAUAGUCUUCACAGAAUUUUGUCAGCCAGCUCAUCCUUGGAACUCAAGAAAAAUGCCGCUGACCUCUGCUAUGUUUUAUUUGGGAACUCAAGUGUACGUGCAAUGCCAAUUGUGUCAGAAUGUAUACAGCCCUUAAUAUCACUAAUGAUGUCAGACUCAAUUGUGGUGGUUGAAUCUGGUGUCCGAGCUCUUGAGAGAUUGCUGGAUGAUGAACACCAUGCAGAUAUUGCAGCAACAAAUGAAGUUGUGGAUCUUCUUGUUAGAUUUAUUUCUGGGAUGAAUUAUCAACUCUCAGAGGCAAGUAUAAGUGCUCUUAUAAAAUUGGGAAAAGACCGGCCUCAAUGCAAGCUGGACAUGGUUAAAGCUGGAAUUAUCGACAGUUCACUUGAGAUGAUCCUCGAUGCACCUAGUUCAGUUAGUUCUUCAAUUGCAGAGUUGCUUCGCAUUCUAACGAAUAACAGUGGUAUUGCUAAAAGCUCAGCCGCCGCAAGAAUGGUAGAACCUCUUUUUUUGGUUUUACAACGUCCAGAUUUUACCAUGUGGGGACAACACAGUGCCUUGCAAGCACUUGUAAAUAUUCUGGAGAAGCCACAAAGCCUCGCAACUUUGAGAUUAACUCCGAGUCAAGUAAUUGAGCCUUUGAUAUCAUUUUUGGAGUCCCCAUCCCAAGCCAUCCAGCAGCUUGGCACUGAAUUACUGUCUCAUCUUCUGGAACAGGAACAUUUCCAGCAGGAUAUUACUACAAAAAAUGCAGUGGUUCCUCUUGUACAGCUUGCUGGAAUUGGAAUUUUGAGCUUACAGCAAACAGCGAUUAAAGCACUAGAGAGUAUUUCUGUUAGCUGGCCCAAAGCUGUAGCAGAUGCUGGGGGCAUCUUUGAGCUUUCCAAAGUCAUUGUCCAGGAUGAUCCCCAACCAAGUCAUGCAUUAUGGGAGUCAGCAGCACUAGUUUUAUCAAAUGUCCUCCAAGCUAAUCCUGAAUACUACUUCAAAGUUUCAUUAUUAGUGCUUGUGAGGUUGUUGCACUCAACAAUGAAGAGUACCGUCACAGUAGCUCUCAGUGCCCUCAUUGUUCAGGAGAGAAAUAAUGCUUCAAGUGCUGUAUUGAUGGCUGAGGCUGGUGCCAUAGAUGCGCUGUUAGAGCUUCUAAGAUCUCAUCAAUGUGAAGAAGCUGCUGGUAGACUGCUAGAAGCAUUAUUUAACAAUGUGAGAGUGCGAGAAAUGAAAGUUUCCAAAUAUGCAAUAGCUCCUCUUUCCCAAUAUCUGUUGGAUCCACAAACUAGAUCACAGCCUGCGAAGUUUAUGGCAACUCUUGCAUUGGGUGAUCUUUUCCAGCAUGAUGUACUUGCUAGAGCUAGUGACUCCGUAUCUGCAUGCCGUGCACUAAUUAGCCUGCUGGAAGACCAGCCAACAGAAGAGAUGAGAAUGGUAGCAAUUUGUGCCUUGCAAAGCUUGGUUAUGCAUAGUAGGACAAAUAGGCGUGCAGUAGCGGAGGCCGGGGGGAUAUUGGUAGUACAGGAACUGCUGCUGUCAUCAAAUACUGAAGUUGCUGCACAGGCUGCAUUGUUGAUCAAAUAUUUAUUCUCAAAUCAUACACUCCAAGAAUAUGUUUCAAACGAGCUCAUUAGAUCUCUGACUGCGGCCUUGGAGAAGGAGUUGUGGUCGACAGCUACCAUUAAUGAGGAAGUCUUGAGAACCAUCUACGUGAUAUUUACCAACUUCAAAAAGCUCCGCACAUCUGAAGCAGCCACCCUGUGCAUUCCGCAUUUGGUGGGUGCGUUGAAGUCUGGAAGUGAGACUGCUCAAGAGUCCGUGCUGGACACUCUUUGUUUAUUAAAAGAAUCAUGGUCACAAAUGAACGAAGAUAUUGCGAAGGCACAAGCCUUGAUUGCUGCAGAAGCCAUUCCUAUACUGCAAUUACUUAUGAAAACCUGCCCACCGAGUUUCCAUGAGAGAGCAGAUAGUUUGCUACACUGCUUACCAGGAUGCUUAACGGUGACCAUCAAGCGUGGGAAUAACUUGAAGCAGACUAUGGGGAGCACAAAUGCUUUCUGUCGGCUUAAAAUAGGAAAUGGUCCUCCAAGGCAAACCAAGGUUGUGAACCAUAGCACAUGCCCGGAAUGGAAGGAGGGUUUUACUUGGGCAUUCGAUGUUCCUCCAAAAGGACAGAAGCUAUAUAUACUCUGCAAAAGCAAGAAUACAUUUGGAAAGACAACUCUUGGGAGGGUCACCAUUCAGAUAGACAAAGUCGUGACUGAAGGAGUAUACAGUGGAUUUUUCAGCCUCAACCAUGAUGGUAACAGGGAUGGGUCAUCACGAACACUUGAAAUUGAGAUCAUAUGGUCUAAUCGGACAUCCAGUGAUGGACUGUAAAGUAGUUUAGUGAUGAGUUUAGGUGGCUAUCUGCACAUUAAGCAGCAAGGGCAGCAAAGGCUGUGUAGCUUCAUACAUGUAUGUUUGUGAGCUCCAGUUUUGUAGCUAUAUUGAAAUACAAGCUGUGCCGAGGAGGCGAGGAGACAGUAAGACAUGGCCUACAAAUUUUUAGAAUCAACAAAUUAGUAUCUAGGCAUGGUCGAUAACCAGCAUAGGAACUGGAUAAGGCUAAGCUUGCUCGGUUAGAGAGUGAAUCAGGGUUAUGUUUGUCAUGGCUGGGAGUUUGUACAGGUUUGUUAUCUGCAAUUACCUGGUGUUUGUGAUCCUUUGAAAGGGGCAUGAGAGUGGUGGGUUGGUGCUGCCUUUUUCUUAAGCAUACGAGGGGGAGCACCACCAUUACUCUGUUUCUGUGUUCAUUGAACAGAUGUUACCCGUGAUGCAUGAAAGAAUGCUCUUUUAUAUGAAAGCGCCACUGGAAACGAGAAAAUAUCUCAAUUCUAUAUGUCCCUUCA